AUGGAUUUCUAUUUACUUUAUAAAUUUUUAAAGAUUGCUUCUCCAGCAACUACUCCAAAAUCUGGUGACAAAAUGUUUUCAAUUGGUUCAUUAUCAUUAAACGCUGCACCUGAUUUGGAUUUAUAUUCGCCUAUUUUGCCUCCUCCAACAAAAAAUUCUUCUGCUGGAAACACUCCAGCAGCAAAAGGAAAAUAUGGGCCUUUAAUGCCGUCAAAGGAUGCAAGUAAAUUGCUUGGAUUUGCAACACCCGAUUCAGAAGUAUGUCCAAAGAAGAAAUAUGCAAAAGAAGCAUGGCCUUAUCCAAGAGUGAAGUACUAA